AUGGAAGACAAUGGCAGUGGAUGGCCAGUGGGCACUGCACCCCAUUGCGGCGCGGGGGGUAAGGGCAACACCAGCAGCCGGGUCUUUGAGGUAGCGCUGCAGAACAGCUCCUCCAACCGCAGCUCCCAGUUUUCCGGGGUGGAGCUACUUCAGUCCUACAAGCCCCUCAUCAUCCCCUGCUACGCCCUGGUGGUGCUGGUGGCCAUCUUUGGCAACUACCUGCUGCUCUACGUCAUCUGCCACACCCGCAAGAUGCACAACGUCACCAACUUCUUCAUUGGGAACCUGGCCUUCUCCGACAUGCUGAUGUGUGCCACCUGUGUGCCCUUCACACUGGCCUACGCCUUCAACCCCCGAGGCUGGGUGUUUGGCCGGUUCAUGUGCUACCUGGUGUUCCUCAUCCAGCCCGUCACCGUCUACGUCUCAGUCUUCACACUCACUGCCAUCGCCGUUGACAGGUACUAUGCCACAGUUCACCCUCUGAAGAAGCGCAUCUCUGUGUCCGCCUGCACGUAUGUGCUGUCUGGCAUAUGGCUGCUGUCCUGCGGGCUAGUGGCUCCCGCGGUGGCACACACGUACCACGUGGAGUUUCAGGAGGAGGGCUUCACCAUUUGUGAGGAAUUCUGGAUGGGCCAGGAGAAGGAGCGCCUAGCCUACGCCUACAGCACCCUGUUCAUAACCUACGUCAUGCCCCUCUCCGCCCUCUGCAUCUCCUACCUCUGCAUCUCAGUCAAACUGCGCAACUGCGUGGCGCCUGGCCACUGCACCCAGAGCCAGGCGGAGGCCCAGCGCGCCCGUAAGCGCAAGACCUUCCGGCUGGUGAGCCUGGUGGUGGCCGCUUUCGGGAUCUGCUGGCUGCCCAUCCACGUGUUCAACGUGCUGCGGGACAUCGACAUUGACCUCAUCAACAAGCACUACUUCCUGCUCAUCCAGCUACUCUGCCACCUGUGCGCCAUGAGUUCUUCCUGCUGCAACCCCUUCCUGUACGCCUGGCUCCAUGACCGCUUCCGGGCCGAGCUGCGCAAGAUGUUCAACUGCCACCGGCGCAUCGGCAUUCACACCAACAACUGCGCCACCGCCAGCGUGGUGCUGUGACCUCCCCCCCAACAGCAAAACGGGAUGGGCUGAGAGGACAUGGAAUAGCAACAGGACCACAGGAUGGGUCUAAAGGAAGGACAGCAGGCAAUUGUCUGUGCUGAGCAAUGCUACUUAUAGCCACAACAACGGUCAAAUCCCAAAGAACAAGCAGGCCCUGGAUCAGGAAAAGAGGACUGUGCAAAGCUGUAGACUUUCUGACAGGUCGAUGUGCUGAAAGAUACUGUGGUAGGACCGCUCAUAUUUAUAUCGGGCGAGGCUUUUUGUCAUUGCGAACACUGAAGCCUUUGAGACCGCAGUGUGUGUGUGGACAGGCUAACAAUCGGGGAACGGGAGAGGUAUUUAAAAGGGGAUAGAGGAGAGUGAGCUGUUAGUGCACAGUGCUCCAUUCAAACUGAAUACCUGUCCAGUCCAGUGAAUACUGCUGAGGUCACAGUUACAUGAGGGGGUGGUCGGCAUUGGAGACCUUCAGCAGGGUAAUGUCCUUCAGCAGGCAAUCUCCUUACCUAUGAAAGAAAGACAAUAAGAGGAGGGGAAAUUAAAAGCAGGAGUGGGAAGCAGAGGAGGGGGAUGAGCUGGGACUCUUAAAGAUAAUUAUUUUGCUCUGGUCUCUGAACCAUGAUUUUUUUCAAAAAAUGUAAGUAAUUCACCCAUAGCAUAUGAACUGUUCAAAGUUGUAUUAUAUAAAAGGUAUGGGGCCAUUUAAAAAUGCUAAUUACAACUUCCAUUUUGUAUAUCAUAUUUGCUUAUUAAAAUUAAAUCUGUCCCUAGGCUUACACUACAAGACCCAUAUGGAAGUUUGCCAUUGCUGGUCAUUCAUGGUUACCACCUCAGGAUUGGUGUUAUGUAGUUUGUUCUGUGUUAGUGUGUCACAAAUUACA